AUGCAAAAGUUAUGGGAUCACUGUAGGGAUACUCCACUUCCAGAGGGAAAGGAAGAGGAGGCCGAUGAUGCUGGUUUCUUUUGUUUGCAAGAGGGCGAUAUGGUGUUUGCUAGAGAUAUGUUUGGGAGCGGGAGGAUGGAGGAUGAUGUUAUACAGUAUUGGUGGUCUCCUAAAGAUCAACUUCCCUUGGAAGAAAGAUCCGCAUUUACAGAUGCACGUGCCUUGGGUCUUGGAUCGCGUGAGCUUCGGACCGCAUCCAAGCCAGAAUUGGUGGAUGGAUCUUGGACGGGUGGUGUUGCAUGGGAAAGGGAUACUCAGGCAAAGCCUAUCAGUGGCUCUGCUCGUUGCUACACUCUGAGGCAGUCAUACGAGAGUCAGAAGAAUCUUAGCGCUCCUGUGCCAGGUGCUAAGAUAUUUGAAGAGUGUGUAAAUGAACAUCAGAAGAUGUGUAAGACUAUAAUUCAGGCUUCUUCUCACCUUGCAAUGAGCGCAUUCAAGCAUGCUCCUCCUUAUCUCAAGCAGGCAUUGAAGUGUCAAGCUGAUGUUACGAACUUGCCACCGCUUGGUCAUAGCGGUAACUAUGCAUUUCCGAUGCAGCAGAUUAAUAUAUCUGCAACAAAGCCUUCUAACACGUUGGCCAUCGCACAUUUCAAAGGAGACCUAGGCAAGUUUGCUGGCAAGCAUAUAGAUCAUCAAGAUGCCCCUGAAGGGGUUACUUGCAUGCAUAGUCAUUCUGACCUGGACGAAGAUGAUCAUCCCGGACUUUUCUAUCUUCCCGAGAUUGGCGCUUAUAUGGUUAUGAGAGGCAUGAUUUCAGUUUGCUUCUCUGGUCUACGCUUUCAUGGCGGCACUCCUCCUACUUCACCUUCUGAUCGUGAACCAUCGCCUUAUUCCUAUCGUAUAGUCGUGGUCAACUAUCCACCAAGCGCUCUGAUCAAUGCAGAUGGUUUGGUCGGUUUUACGUCUAUGCCCAACGGUUCUUUACUGUCUCUUCGUCCAGAGAUGAGGGAUCUCAUCUACAAUAAUCCUUCUGCCUUUACGUUUAGCAAUCACGGCAAUUGGGGCACAGAUGGACUUGCUCUCACAGAACAUUGUGCAAUGUUCAAUUGGUAUGCGAGAGCCAUGGCUCAAUUCUCUGCCUAUCUCUUGCGUGGUCUACCCUCUAGUCUGGCAGCAGAUUUCUACAAAGCUUGA